AUGAAAACACCACAUGAUUUUACCAUCGGUGUUCCCGCAGUGUGCACCCUCUACCUUGCCGAGAUUCAACGACUACAAACUCAUGGGCCAUAUCACAUCGGUGGCUGGUCGGCAGGCGGUGUCAUGGCAUACGAAGUCACUCUCGGUCUCGUAGCGAUGGGCGAGACUGUAUCUACUCUCUUCCUCAUCGACUCACCUUGUCCCAUAGAGCUGAAGCCACUCCCUGUGCGUCUCUUUUCGUACUUCGACGAGCUAGGCUUGCUCGGAGGCCGUGGCGCAGGAUCGACGCCGGCCUGGCUGAUCCCGCAUUUCGAGUCUAGCGUGAGGGAGCUGGCAGCGUACGAGCCUCGCCCCAUGCCGGCAGGGACGAGUCUGAGAAUUAUAGCCGUCUGGGCCAGAGAUGGAGUAUGUGAAGAGCGUAAAACGCCGAGAUUUGAGUGGACAGGUAAUGGUGAAGAAGAACCGCGGACGAUCAAGUGGUUAUUGGAAAAGAGGACUGACUUUGGUCAUAAUGGGUGGGGCAAGCUGGUGGGACAGAAUAGGAUUCAUAUUCAUGUUGUGGAGGGAAAUCAUUUCUCGAUGAUGGGUGGAACACAGGUUACCGCCCUUGGUGAUCUGAUCAGGCAGGAACUCAUGGCUGGAUGA